AUGGGGUCCCAUCCAAAGAAAAACUCGGCAGAGUGGUUUAUUGGAAAACUUAACGUAGAUAAUGCUAAAUUGUUAGCAUUUUUUCUUGUUUUAGGCUUUAUAGGAUAUCAUGGAAUAUUACACUUGAGAUACGGCCCGGAUUCAUGCACUUGGCUACUGUCAUCUGGCAGAUAUAAGGGUGAUCAUGAAUGGCAACCAUAUGGCUGUAUGUUACAUAAAUAUUCCAAGACAGAUGCAAGAAGAUGUUUACGAUACUUAGCAUUCUGGGGCAAAUACAAUAGCUUUGCAUUUAUCGGUGACUCAAGGCUUGAACAAUUGUACGAGCAUUUUAUCAGUGGCCUAAAAACUCGUCUAGAUAUAGAUACAUCAUACUCAACAAUAGACCAUCACACACCCAAUUAUACAUAUGUUGAUAACAAAUUGAGAUUAUCUGUUACUUUUAUAUGGAGUGACGACAUAUCUAAAACUAUGGUGGAAAAGUUUAGGAUGUGGCAAAUUUCUGACAGACCACCAUCAGUAAUUGUCGCAAGUAGUGGUCUUAAACUCAUCCUCAAUCGAAACAUAACUGAGGCGAAUCUAGAAGAAUACAAGAGAAACUUGACACGUUUAGUUCAACCGAUUGAUGCAUUAGCACUGCGGGGAACACAGGUUCUUUGGAAGUUGUUGGAAAGUGUUGACAUUGCAAAGCUAAAUAAUGAUGUCAAGAUUAAUAACAAUGAUAUUGAUGCAUAUAAUCGGGCAGCUGUUGAGAUACUCCAACACAGUGCCACUAAAAUGUGGAACUCCCCACGUCUGGCAGCAUCAGGGGCGACGUCCCCAGACGGCAUGUCCCUAAGUGCCACAGCCCUACGGCACUCCACUCAAAUACUACUCAACAUGUUCUGCAAUGACCACAUGAACUUCAACGAUGGCACUUGCUGUGCUCAGCCGGAGCCCUGUACUCAGUUGCAGCUGAUGACCUUCGCUCUUUUCUUGCUAUGCGCAGUGUUAGUGCUGAUGCGAUCAAUAUGGAAAUGGUCACAGACAAUAAAACAGAAAAUCGAAGGAUACUCGCUUGUGAAUCAGCCGGCAAUUACCAAACCGUCUCCAAUGGUGGCUCUGGCGAAGCUCGGAAUGAUAAUGGCAUAUUUCUAUUUGUGCGAUAGAACGAAUUUCUUCAUGAAGGAGAAUAAGUAUUACUCGGAGUGGAGUUUUUGGUUACCCGUGGGAUAUGUGUUCGCUUUGGGAUUGUUCUUCACGGAUGAAUCUAAAUCUACCAGACACAAACGCUUCAGCCAUUCCCGAGUGUUGCACCGGGAGCAGACAGACGAGUGGAAGGGAUGGAUGCAGCUGGUGAUCCUGGUCUAUCAGGUCACUGGGGCGAGUAAAGUCCUACCCAUUUACAUGAUGGUGAGGGCUCUGGUCUCCUCUUAUCUCUUCUUGACGGGUUACGGGCAUUUUUAUUACACGUGGAAGACUGGGGACACGGGAUUGGUUAGGUACUUUCGCGUGAUAUUUCGUCUGAAUUUCUUCACAAUAGUGCUUUGUUUGACAAUGAACCGACCCUACCAGUUCUACAGCUUCAUUCCACUGGUUUCUUUCUGGUAUACAUUGAUGUAUGCAAUAUUAGCCCUGCCACCUCAUAUUGCGCCAUUAUCGACCCACACGGCGGAGUCCAAGCCGUACCAGUACAUCAUCAUCGGGAUGAAGGUGGUGGGUCUGCUCUCGGUGGUUACAGUUCUAUUCCUCAGUGAGGUCUUCUUCCAGAAGAUCUUUGUAAUGAGACCGUGGAAAGCGCUUUUCGUCAACUCUGAUGAUGAUAUUCAUCAAUGGUGGCUGGACUGGAAGCAGGAUAGGUACUCCUUGGCCUACGGUAUAAUAUUUGCAAUAGCGUACCUCCUCGCACAAAGAUACAAUCUCCUAGACGACAACAAUCAUAGCAACUUGUUUACGCCCGGCAUAUCUCUUUCAGCGACACUUCUAGCGUUCAUAGGCCUCGGUAGUUAUAUAACAUUUACAUUUUUCUGCACAAACACAUUCGAUUGUAACGAAAUCCAUAGUUACGUAACUUUUCUGCCAAUAGUUAGUUAUAUUUUGCUUAGGAACGUCUCUGGCGCGCUUCGAACGCGUCACUCUAGUCUGUUCGCGUGGUUCGGAUGUAUAACACUGGAGUUGUUCGCGAGCCAGAGUCAUAUUUGGCUCGCGGCUGACACGCACGGAGUGUUAGUGUUGAUACCUGGUGCGCCGAUACUUAAUUUAAUCCUAACCUCGUACAUAUUUAUAUUUACGGCUCACGAAAUACACAAGUUGACGGGUAUUAUACUGCCGUACGCUGUGCCGGAUGAUUGGAGGCUGGUUUUGAGGAAUUUUGCAAUAUUUUUAGCGAUUUUAGUUCCGAUUGGAAUACAUGAUGGUAUGUUUUGA